AUGACUCGCGCAGAGUGACCCGCCCUAUGAUUCCAAGCGGGAAUUUCCGGAUACAAAGCGACUCUUGCUUUCCUUCCUUCCUUCCCUCCUUUGUUGCUGUUUUCCCCCAUCUCCCUCGAGGAGGAAGUGAGAGCCGCUUUUCCAAAGCCGGGAAGAAAUCCCAGGUUUCGUCACAGCUGUGACUGGCGAUCCGCCGGAACUCUUAUCAGAACACUUUAAAACAUGGUGGAUUAUUAUGAAGUUCUAGGAGUGCAUAAACAUGCCUCACCAGAUGACAUUAAAAAAGCAUACCGCAAACUGGCACUAAAAUGGCACCCUGACAAAAAUCCAGAUAAUAAAGAGGAAGCUGAGAGACAAUUCAAGCAAGUUGCUGAGGCUUAUGAAGUGCUGUCAGAUGCUAAAAAGAGAGAUAUCUAUGACAAAUAUGGAAAAGAAGGGUUAAAUGGAGGAGGAGGUGGAAGCCAUUUUGACAGUCCAUUUGAAUAUGGUUUUACAUUCCGGAAUCCAGAGGAUGUCUUCAGGGAGUUCUUUGGUGGAAGAGACCCAUUCUCUUUUGAUUUCUUUGAAGAUCCUUUUGAUGACUUUUUUGGUAACAGAAGAGGGUCACGUGGAAACAGAAGCCGAGGCGGUGGUUCCUUUUUCUCUGCCUUCAGUGGAUUUCCUGCCUUUGGGAGCGGUUUUUCUUCCUUUGAUACAGGUUUUACUUCAUUCGGUUCUCUUGGCCAUGGAGGCCUUACUUCGUUCUCUUCCACGUCAUUUGGUGGGAGUGGAAUGGGUAAUUUUAAAUCUGUAUCGACUUCAACUAAAAUAGUUAACGGCAGAAAAAUCACUACAAAGAGAAUUGUUGAGAAUGGGCAAGAGAGAGUAGAAGUUGAAGAAGAUGGCCUGUUAAAGUCUUUAACAAUAAAUGGUGUUGCUGAUGAUGAAGUUUUUGCAGCAGAAUGUACCCGCAGAGGACAAAAUGCCUUGCCUUUCCAGCCAGCUAAUGUCCGUUCUCCAAAGUCCCUGAAGCCUACCACCUAUCCCAAGCAUGUCUUUCACUGUAAUAGCGAUGAGGAUGACGACUUGGUGAUGACCAACUGGGAGAGUCCCGUGUAUUCAUCAGGUGUGCACAAAACGGGGCAUGAGAAGCUGGACACAAAGAAGUCAGCAAGCGGAAGAAGCAGAAGCUGAGGGAGGAACAGAAGAAGAAGAAGUCGGCCAAGGCACCAUAUUAAAAUGGAUUCUGAUGUCCCCAGAUGCUGUCCUUUUGUUGUUCUACCAUUUGAUCCCACCCAGGUUCCUGGUGCAUAUAUUUCUUAUGGCUAUUCUCACUUAGCAAACGAGAUAACAAUUAAAAUACAUGAAAGUUGCACUAUUAUGCUUGAGCACCGCAGACUUGUUGAAGUUUCGGUAUAAGACACCCCAGUUAGAAACUCCCACUAGAGAAGUCAGUGUUAAAGGUCAGGAUGUCAAAUACCAUAAAAGAGCAGAUUCUGACUAGAAAUGUUGAAGACAUAGUAAUACAGUGGGGCCUUUUCAUCUUUUCCUGUCCUGGGUUUAGCAUGUUUAUUCAAAGACUGGUAAGGUUGUAAACAAUACUGUUAUUUUUUAAAAAUAGCCAUCAUGGACUUUUUUCUUUUUCUUUUUGAUUUCUGAAAUGACCCAAGUAGAACCUUAACAUAUUUAAAUUUGUGUCUAAUGAGAAUGGGAUUAAAUUAUAAUAUUACCUGGAUUGUAACAGCUGCGUAACUUUCAGGGUUGGGGUUUUGGUUUUUAUUUUACUUUCACCCCAAUGGGAAAAGUGUUGACUUUCCUUCUGGACCUGGGCUAUUAUUUAUGUAUGUUGCAUUACAAAUAGCAUCCUGUAAUGAUUUAAGAGAAUAGGUUCACAAUGAACUGCUUUGGGAAAUAGAUCCUGCUAAGCAUAUUAUGAUCCCUAGAUCUCCAUCAAGACAAAUAAUAGCUGACCUUGGAAACAGUACAUGGCUCUAAUUGGCAAUAAGCAGUCGUUACAAAUCGUGUGUAUGUGUAUGUGUGGUAUGAAAUAAAAGUCAUAGCUACAGCUAGGCAGUCAACAUUCAUCUUCCUUCAACCAGAUUGCUUGGAUCUACAAUAUCAUCUGUAUAUUAGAUGUACCCAGUAUAUAUAUCCUGAUCUUGGCUUGGAUUGGGUGGGCGGGGCAUGCAUAUACCUGAUUGGAAAUUUAAAGAUGUAAAUAUGGCAAGAUUACUUAAUUCCCCAACUGUAUACAUGUGUAAUUUGCAUGGUCCAUGGCUUCUUUUUAACCUCAUAACAAAAUACUAAGUCAGAACUUUCUUCCAAGCAUGGUUACUAUGAGCUGCCUUCCUGCUGUUUAAUCUACAAAUUAAAAUAGUUGAAUGUUUUGGUCCCCCUCCUUUUUUUCCUCCCUUUCACCAAUAUAUUGUGUUGCCUAUUCUCCUUGGCACUGUUGGAAACCCACAUUUUCUAGAAAAAUCUUUAAUUACACCCAAAUACUGUAGCUUAGGUCAGGAAGAUGGUGAUGUAAGUGGAUUUACGGUACUUACUUGGAUUCAAUUUUAAUGCUUUUAUUAUGAAAAUGUAAUCGUAUGCAACUCAUUAGGAUAUUUAAAAAAAGAACAUGUCUGAGGCAAGAUGGAGAACCAUUCUUUUUGUUACAGAAAUACCACUGAAUUGUGUUGUGCAGUGUGACUAAUAUUUAAAGAAAUAAAGUAAGUUCCCUUAUU